ACAGCAACAAAUUCACUAGCAGAGGCGACAUGACGACGCACAAAAACGAGAGAAUCAAACUUACAUGUUUGUUGUCACUUGUUGUGGACUACUGUCCGCCAUCACACCUGCUGUGUGUCAGCCGCUCCGAUGCCUUCACGUACACUCGGAGAUUUCUAAACUAGUCGAGAAACGCCGUAAAAUGACGUUUGACACGCCCCGGAACAAAUCACAGAUUUAAAAAAAAACUCAUUUAAUUUAAUAUCAAACAGGAUGUACGAUAUUUGAACAUACAUAAACAUAAAACAACAAAACACACAAAAACGACAAGUUUACAACAUCUGUGCUGCUCACGACCUCAUCAGUUUGUGACGUCAUUACUGACCGCGUCACUAUUACAACACAAGAGAGAGACAAACUCCCUCAUUGACGCUCAGGACAUUUCAACAUAGGUAUACUAACCAAUCAGUACAUUUAUUAGUAUCAUGAACACAAUAACAACAGACGAUAAACAUGUUUAAAAACGUUACGGUUAAAACUAAAACAAAUAGUACUGUAGAACAUAAUAUUUCAUUUUUCUUAUAGGAAUUGAAAUGCAUUACAUGGUUAAAUAACAGCAAAUCUGAAGUAUUGUAAAAUUGGAUUGAAAAUAGCACCCGGCCAAUAAGAAGCUUGAACGCAACAGCCAAUCAGCGAUCAGAGCACCCAAACUUCACCAUUGGAGACAAAACAUCUCAACAAAGGAGAGGAACAGCGAGGGAACAUUUUUGUUCGAGCAGGUUGAAUGCCAGCACCCUCCGCCAUGACAUCUGCAGACUGACAUGGAGGCCCUAAAGCUGGGGGCUUCAUCCAGUUGGACGUGCCACAGGGUCUUGACAGACGGAUUUUGGCAUCAACGCGGGGUGCAGGGACGGCAGAAAAGUCCUCCUGUGCUCCGUCUCAUGUAGGCUGCAAACUCCGUGCGCUGAGGAUGGCUCUGCCAAAGACGCCCGGCGUUCACGCUGGAGACCAUCGGCAUGACAGCGAUCCCGACAACACGCAGACGGCGAGCACAGCAAGCUGCGCGCUGGAGAACACCCUGAAGAAGAGAAAGAUUAAGAGGAGACUGUGGAUCAACUUGACCACCUGCAAGUAUGAAAGUGUGCGGCGUGCUGCUCGACGUUUCGGCCUCAGAGAAGCGAUGGAAGGCGACGACUGGACACUGAUGUGGUCUGACUGCUCCGUGUCUCUGGAGAGAGUGAAGGCCAUGAAACCGUACCAGAAGAUCAAUCACUUUCCCGGCAUGAUCGAGAUCUGCCGCAAGGACACGCUGGCCAGGAACCUGAACCGCAUGUUCAAGCUCUUUCCCAAGGACUACAACAUCUUUCCCAGGACUUGGUGCCUCCCCGGAGACUACAGCGACUUCCUGGCAUUCACGCGCCUCAAGAAGCACGCCGCCUUCAUCUGUAAGCCCGACGUCGGCUCCCAGGGCCGUGGCAUCUUCAUCACAAGGUCCAGCAGGGACGUUCAGCCCGGGGAACACAUGAUCUGCCAACUGUACAUCUCCAGGCCUUUGGUGGUGGACGGCUACAAGUUCGACCUGCGUCUGUACGUGUUGGUGACGUCAUGUGACCCGUUGAGGAUAUUCCUGUUCAAGGAGGGUCUGGCCCGCUUCUGCACCACCAAGUACACCGUCCCGACGCACGGCAACCUGGACCAGGUGUGCAUGCACCUGACCAACUACUCCAUCAACAAGCACAGCCACAACUUUGUCCGCGACGACCACACCGGCAGCAAGCGGAAGCUGUCUGCGCUUAUGGAGCGGCUGGAGGCGGCGUGCGGCGACACGGCCAAGCUGUGGAGCGACAUGGAGGACGUGAUCGUCAAGACGCUGAUCUCGGUCCAUCCCGUCUUGCAGCACAACUACCACACCUGCUUCCCCGACCACGCCGCCGCCAGUGCCUGCUUCGAGAUCCUCGGCUUCGACAUCCUGCUGGACCAUCGCCUGAGGCCCUGGCUGCUGGAGGUCAACCACUCCCCGAGUUUCACCACCGACUCGCCCCUGGACUGCGAGGUGAAAGACGCGCUGCUUUACGACACGCUUCUCCUCAUCAACUUGGACGCCUGCAACAGAAGCAGAAUCUCCAAGGAGGAGCGCAGGCGGGCCAAGGAGCGUCUGCAGGACAACCCAUCCAGAGCGGCCAGGUCCGAGGAUCUGCGGCGGUGCCAGGCGGCCUGCGCCCGGCAGACGGCGACGUACGAGAGCAAGCACCUAGGCGGCUUCAGGAGGAUCUUUCCCCGGGAGGCGGGCGGGGGAGACAAGUACGAGAAGUUCUUCGACCAAUGCAACGCGCUGGUCCAGACCACGGAAGUUUCCAGAGCCCGUCAGGAGCGUGCCAGGCAGCAACUGCAGCAGCAGCGGGACAAGCAGCGGGACUGUCUGGGGGAGACGGCGGGGGAGCGGGCCAGACCUGGGCCCACACGACACAGACCGCGCACAGGCCGCCCGGAGGCGGCCCCGCAGCCGCCUGCUGCUCCGGUCCCGCUGAAGAAGGAGGACGAGGAGGAGGAAGAGCGGCUGGAGGUGCUGCUCCAGAGGAAGAAGCUGCUGCUGGGCUUGGGGGUGGUCCGGCAGAUCCGCCAGCUGUUGCAGGGCCGUAACCAGGCCGGGGCGGUCUUGCAGGACGCCGUCCCCCAUAAGCAGCGGCCGAGGCAACUUUUGAAGUUGGACUUUUUGACGCCCUAUGCUCAAAACACGUCCUGCACUUUCACCUCUAAGAAGAGCUCGCUCAAGAACGUAAACACGCUCGAGGCAGAAAGCCGCCACAGGCCAAGAGACAAAAGGCGGCGCUUCAGUGUUCGGAAGGCCCUCAGACGAGGUGAGAAGUCCCGCCUUUCAGCGCACUUGAAGGACGUCGCCAUUUCUGACCCGGGACGCGUCGAAGCAGAGUCUGAUCUUGUUUUAGUCCGAGGCGUGCCCUCGGCGCCUCGCCGCGAGGCCGCUGGGAGCUCCGACCGACGCCCGCGCGAUGUGGUCCCCAGAGGACGCCAUGACACCCAUCACAGCCCCUCAGACCUGCACGGCCUCUCGGUCAGCGCCACUCGCCCCCUCCCUGUGCUCAGGAGGCCCGGCCUGUCCCGCACGGCGAAGGACGGCGAGACCACAAAGCAGAUCCUGCAGCACUGCAGGAUGUCCCGAAUGAAACAGUCCAAGAUUUAACAUCACUUUGUUUUGCUCUCAAAUGUGCCAACUUGAACACAAACAGGCCUAUAAAAUAAAUUCAAAUUGCAUAUCUUUUAUUUGUUUGGGUUUUCACAUCCAUUUUCCACCGCUUGUCCAUUUAACUAAAUGAAGUUCUUGAUGGAAUCCCACAAAAUGAUGAAAACAUUUUCCAUUCAAGAAAUGUUACAAUUUCAUUAGAUUAGUUUUUUUUAAUUCAAAAACAUGACUUUAUAUUUGAAACAAUUACUAUUUUCUUUUCUUUCUUUUUUUUUUACAAAA